AUGGCGACCGCAGAGGCAGGUGAGAAGAAGAUGAUCAUGCUCAAGUCGGCCGAUGGCGAGGAGUUCGAGGUGGAGGAGGCAGUCACCAUGGAGUCGCAGACCAUCCGCCACAUGAUCGAGGAUGACUGCGUUGACAAAGGCAUCCCGAUCCCCAACAUCAACUCCAAGGUCCUCUCCAAGGUCAUCGAGUACUGCAACAAACAUGUCCUGGCCAAGACAGUCGACGUCUCUAGUGGAGCCACAUGUGCUACUGCAUCUGACACCAUGGCUCCCGCCGCCCUUGCCGAGGACCUCAAGAUCUGGGACGCAGAAUUCAUCAAUGUCGACCCUGACACUCUCUUCGACCUCAUCAAGGCUGCAAGUUACCUCAACAUCAAGGGGUUGUUGGACCUGACUUGCCAGACUGCUGCAGACAUGAUUAGUGGCAAACCUCCGGAGGAGAUCCGUAAUUUCUUCAACAUCCAGAACGACUACUUGCCAGAGGAGGAGGAGAAGAUCCGCAGGGAGAACCCGUGGGCAUUUCAGUAG